AUGGCUGAUAUGUCUUUGGCUUUAUUGCUCAUGUCUGGGCCCGCCUUAAGCAAUCUGAUGGCACACCCAGUCGCUAUGCACACGCUUGGCCAGCUUGGAAAACUCUCUUCGGAAGUCAGAGACAUCAUCUACAGCAUCUGGUGUCGCUCCCUCCUAGGCCCUCCAAAGAACACUCCUCCCACGAACGUCGCCGAGCGCACACUCAGAUACUGCGCCUUGAGACACACCAACAAGCAGCUCUUUACAGAGUAUCCCUGUCCAUUCCAGUGA